ACUCGGAGGUUCCUGCGGGUGGGUAAACUUUCCUCUUUCAACAUGGCGGCCAAUUUUCGAUUGUACACUUGAACCCAGUUCAUUGCGGUUAAUCUAAGAUUUCCUGAUAUGUGCAACGCCCGUUCUUUGAGAGUUAAGAUCAGUGGUUUAGACUUGAGACGCAUUGACAUCUCCAGUGUGACCACUGACGAUAUAUGAUUAUUUUAUUUAUAAGCAAAGCUGCUCAAAUCUAGUUAGACUGCGCCUCCUGGAAUAUAUUUGGUAAUUAUUAAAAUCGAUCAGGUGGGACUGUUUAUAAAAAAACAUGACAAAAUCUGGUGACUCCACUCUGUCUUAUUUUAAAACCCAUCCUUCAAAAGGCAAAGCUGCGCCUUUAAAACUGGGACUGGGGAGAACCGGAACCGGAAGUUCUGGGAGUCGCUGUUGGAUGCAUAAAGUUCAGGUCUAGAAGUAUUAUUAAAACGCCAACGCUUUUUGCCUGGAAAAAAAUUCUUCAAUUUCUAGAUGUUUAUUUAAAAGUUCACAUUGUUUUUAUGACCGACCAACACGAUUGCGGAUUACUGCGAUCGAUUUUUUUAUCUGGACAUGGACACGCGAGCUCUUGUCUGGUGCAAAUUUGCCUUAUUUUCGGCAGUUUCCCUGAGCCUUUCGUGGCCGAUUUUCGGGGAAGAGAUGACGAACGAGACAGGCAAUAAGAACACUUCGCUUUCGAAGUUGAAAAAUCAAACAAUAACAAAUCUCGAGAGCUGUGUAUGGGCCGUCGUUCGACCAAGCUACUCGAUAAUUGCGGGGAUCAUAAGUGGAUUUCUCAUUCUAGACGGAGGAAUUCUAUGCUCAUUCGGCUAUAGCAAGGAAAGGACAACCUUCAGCCUGCUUGGAUUUACGGUUGCUGGUCUGGUUGGAUAUGCAAUUGUUGAUUACAAAUUUGAUUACAGUAUUGGAAUACAAUUGCUGAUAACAGGCUCAAUGGCUUUAUUUGUCUCCAUACUGAGUUCAAGUAUUAUGUACUGCGGUAUUUUCUUAGCUGGUCUCUGUACAGGAUUCAGCUUCGGUUCUGUGAUCAUUAUUAUUAUCAAUGAAAUCCAUACAUUUGGUUCAUUCGCUGAACCAAUUUUAAUUCUUGUUGGCAUCAGCAUUGCAUUCGCAAGCAUGUCACUUUGGUGGAAACGGACAUUUGUCAUACUCGAUACAUCCGUGGUGGGCGGUGUGUUUGUGAUGGGGGGCAUUGAUUAUUUUGUCGAAGGAUUUUUAUUCGUUGAGCAUGUCAAACAUAUUAUCUAUGGUGAGAAGAUACGAAAGCUCUGCUUUUUCUCCUGGAUUGUCUUUUCCAUCUUCCCUCUGGUGGCUAUCGCUGGAUUGCUAAUUCAGCAUUUUAAGACUGCAAAGCGAAUUGAGAGACCAAAAUCCAUGAGCAACCAAGACAUGCCAAUGAAUAGAAUGUCUCAGUCACCGCCGCAUCAGUCCCAGGAUGCAAACCAGGAUGAACAGCCUUCAGGUUCCAGGGUUUCAGCCCUGGAGGAACAGCAUUCAGGUUCCAGGGUUUCAAGCCAGGUUAAACAGCCUUCAGGUUCCAAGUUUUCAAGGGAAUUAUUGACCAGAGCGUGUGCGCAAUCCGCGAGUGAAAUACAUGCAAACAAUUUCACUGAUUCAGGGAAAGGGGUGAUGGAAAAAGUUAGCUUUUUUAAAAGUCUUUUUAAAAGGAUAUGGAUCUUUUGGAGUAUUUGUAAAGAAAACACAUUUCUAAUAUACGUACUGCAAAUUUCUUCGAAAAGGAAUUGUUUUAAAACCACUCCAAAACUUCAUAGUUUCCAGAUGCACACCUGGGGUGUUGAUAAACUAAAGUAGGUUAAAUAACAAUAACAGUAACACCGAUUUCACUUUCUAUAUUACUUCCUUCAGUUUCAUGUUUAACGAUUUUUCGGCCGUCCAAUGCAGGCCUCAAGCAUCGAAAACUGGGUAGUGUCGCAGCUCCUCGCAAGAAUGAUUUUCAUUGGCUGAACUUUACAAUACAUUUCUGUUUCAACCAAUAGCAUAGCUUCGUUCUUUAGAAAGCAUAGAAAAGCAUUAUCCAAUUGGACGAAAACUUCCGCGAGCUGCGACAUGACCCCGAAAAUUAAGGGCGAGUCCCGUGCAUUCCACGCCCCUGGUUCAAGUAUAAUGUACAGUGGUAUUUUUUAACUGCUAUGACCAUUACACAGACAGAAUUCUGCCUUAGUUCCUAGUUUUCGUUAUAAUCUAGAAAACCAUGGGCAUGGGUACUUCUUAGCUCGUUGAUCAAACUUUCCUGAAUUAGCUUCAGCUCAUCAUUUCAAUGAAUUUGUAAUGAGGAUAUGGAUCAUUUCGUCGAAGGAUUUUGGUCAUUGCAACAAACUCGGCUGUGAAAAGUAAAUAUUUUCAAUUUUGAAGUUAAUUUGGUCGAAUAUUUGAAGUUAAUUUAGUUGACAAAUAUAUUGAUAGAUGACAAUUACGUAGUUAUUUUGGGGAUAUAUCUAGCCGUGCGAUAAAUUAGGGAGAGGGGAAAAGAGCUAAAAAAAUGUUUCCUAGAUAGUGUCUAUUUAGACUAUUUACUACGGUGAAUGUUGGUUCAAUAGGGUUAAUCUUUUUUGCGAAAUAGUCCAUGAUUGUUAACAAUUAAUCUCGUCAAUUGGUAGGCCAGGAACGCUGGAACUGAGUGUGGCAGGGCAAGUGUUUUUAUGGUAGCCUUUUACUAACAGGGCAAAGAAUGCCCUUUCAAUUUAAAGACAGCCCUAGGAAUGCAGUUAACGGGCUUCGAGAAUAGCAGAAUCGGCUGGCAGAAAUUUCCACACAUCGAAAUCGCGUGACAAAAAGAAACACACGAUAAGACGAUGUUGAACUGCCGCCGUUUGCAACCCUUUCUUAUUUACAUCAAUACAGAAAAUCCGCUCCAUUUGCCCUCGCAUCGUUCAAGCGUUCUUGAGUAGAGUUCGUAUAUAUGCAUGCAGUCCUCCGUUAAUAUCCAGAUUUUUGUAUUAAAACAAUCUUUGAAUAAUAGAAUAUAU